AAACACGGCAAAUUGAAACCAGUGUCCUGAAAUGUCUGUGAGCCUGCGCGCGCGCGAGUAGUAACUUGUACUGUGGUACCAUUAAUUGAUCUUGGCCAUGAGACGAAUCGCCGUUGGUUCAUCAGCUUCGUCACGCCUGGACAGCACACUGCGCCUGAUCACGCAUUACCUUAUGAUGGCACAGUGUGAUGUAGAGGUGAGUGAGCGUGCCUCCUUGGCAUGCUUCCAUUUAUGUCAAAAGCCACCCGGCUAAAAAGAUUUCAUAUUCAUUCGGCAUCCUACCACCUUCGCUCCAUCCCUCACUCCCCAGUCCUUGAACUAUAUAAAGCAUAACCGCUGCGGUCGGGCUGUCAGUGCUUCCACACUGGUACACAACUCUCUCCUCGUAAACCCUGAUCCAAGCCCGACUUGCCUCUUUUUCUAAAGGGAGAUUUUUAUGAACUUUUUUACAGUCGGGCCCUAGAUCCCAUAAGCUUUCAUCCUUAACCAUGGUAGGCAAACGCCGUUCCCCUCCUCUAUGGGCAACUUCGCAGGCUCCAAACUGCACAACUUCAUUCCUGGUUCAGUCCUGAGGCCUCCCAAGAUUUGGGUCUCGCAGGCAAAGCGCAGUGCGGACGGUGACGCAGUGACGCAACACGUACGCUUGAAGGCUUUGGUACUACGGGGCCAACGACUUUAGAACGUUUCUUUAACUCCGAGAAUUAUGUUCUGUGGGGUUGAUGUUCACCUCCAAAAAUUCACCUGGUGGCAGACGUGGCAAAAUGCGAAGCAGCAAGAGAAUGAGGCCAGAGCGCCUCAUCAUUCCACGGACCCGCCGCUUGUGGGUAUCGGCACGGAGUGUUGUCCACGGUUACUUCGCCGUUCCGCGAAGAAUUUGUCUUGCCAUUUCUGCCAAGUUGUUGUUCGUUUGUGUCGGUGAUUCUUGAAAGGGGAAACUGCUUAAAAAUUUUUUCGGCGAAAAGCAGCCCCGCUGUUAUUCUGUUCCCGCCGAUAAGCUUCCGUCAGCGUUGAGUGUUCUUUUGCGCACAGAAUCGCGGCAGCUCGGUUGGUGUCCGGCUCUUGUCACGGCAUGCGUGUCGUGGAGAAUGCUGCUGUCUUCAGAAUUUUUGCCUGAUGUCUCCGGAUUUUACCAGAAUUCUUCAGCGUACGUUUGGGGUAAAAUGUUGGUACUACUACGGUAGAAAGGAGGUGGUCAGUGGAGCUACUGCUUCACAGUUCCUGCACAGAUCCCCCGUUUCUUCUCCAACAUAGCCGUCUCGUUCCCGCUUCAAACGGGAACGUUCUUGUGGUGAUACUCCUGCAGGGUCAUGGGAGCCUUGAACAUGUGUAUGUGCGGCAGUCUAACUGAUCCCUGGUGUUGCCGGUCAUCCGAGUGCCAAAUCCCCUCUUUUUAUUCUUAUUCAGUGUUUGCCAAACGCAGCGAGUUUGGUGUGCCCAGCAAUACAGCUUGUGUAUGGCAUUUUCGGUGACCGGGCAGCACGACAUCUUCCGCUUUUUGCGCAGUUACUGUCGCUAGACCGCGAGGCCUUAGUCCUGAAGAUUGACUGACUUGUUUUCUCCCGCGCCGCUGCGGUCGUGAAUAUAGAACACAUCGUGGAGGUGUUGCACACCAGAGACGCCUCCGGUUGGCCGAACUAUUACAAAUAGGCGCCUGAAGUGCUCCCCCCACAAGUGGGGUCUCCGUCGGUCAAAGAACUUGGUCCUCUAAAAGAGAGUUCAUGGACAGUUGUACGUAAAGCAGCGUUCUGUUUAUGGUUUCUCCUUUGUGACGUCUUGACGGUGUUGAGACGAACUCACCGGCUCUGUGCGCUUGGAGGAGUUCGGUGUUACGGAAAGUUCCUCUUGGCCUGGUUGUGCGUUGCCUCUGUCCGACAGUAUGGAGCGAACCUGCACUACAGACCUUUCCACUUCGGGGUCAAAGGUGGAGGAAAGAAAUCCACAGAGGGGUCGGGGUGGAGUCCGUGUAGCCCCCGCGCUAUCUCGCCGACUUACGGUGGAUGAGUAUCUUGACCUGUUCCACCGCGAACGGCGCGUGUCAUCAGCUCUGGAAUACUUUCCGACUGCUCCAGUCCGCGAGAGCGAAAUUUGCCGUGUAGAAGAUGUUCCUCCCGAGCUUACGCUGAAGGUGGCUGCAGAGCUCGCCCGACAGAACUCUCGUCUCUCCGCCAACUAUCUAGAUGCGUCUGGAGGAGGAGGUGAAGUGACACCUCAGGAUGAAGAGCAAGAAGAUGCAGGCAUUCCUGAAGGUCAAGUGGAAAAAGCGACGGAAGAUCCGAAACUCGGGUUUUCAGGGCUCUGUGAGCGACUGCGCAACAAAUUCUUCCCCAGGGCUCACACCACAUCCGCGAUGAUGGCCGCCCGCCUCCAGCCGACGCCCUGUGGCGUCAAUCGAUUCAUCUUGCUUGGGAUAUACUUGAUCUAUUCUUUGCUGACGGGUCGAGUAUUCUUUGCGUGGCCUAGCAUUUCAAAUAUGCUAUUCAGAGAUGGCGCUUACUUGUGGAAUUGUGGGGAUUUAGACGAUCCCGCAGCCGUGGACCAUCGCCUGGAGGAGAAUGGUGGGAAGAGAUUCGCCUGCGAAGACCAAAAUACGGCGGUUCAGAAUCUCUUUGUCGUCUGCCUCGCCUGUGCUUUCGCUUGUGCGCUGCUGGCGGGUCUACUUCUAGACAAACUGGGCCCGAAGCUCACAGGCAUGUUUGGCCAGACUUGCAACUUCACAGCCUGGGUACUCCUUGGGUUUGCUGGAGAGGGUGUUCCCACAUAUUACCCGGCAUUUGUUUUGAUGGGCGUCGGAGCAGACAGUGGCUACAUGGCGAGUCUAUCGAUAGCCAACCUAUUCCCUGGACACGAGGCACUCGUAGUGGCGCUCCUAGGGUCGGCAAAGAGCUUGAGCUACGCAAUGCCCGCGAUUCUGGACACGCUUGACGCCAAUAGUUCAGUUAUCUCAGUGAAGGACGUUUGCUUAGGCUAUGCUGUCCUUGGCCCGGGACUGUGCUGGUUAAUUUGUCUCUUGCUGAUUGGCUUCCAUCCAUUCCUUCCAUGGGCGAGCUUCGUGCAUAUUGAGGAGGCUGUGGAGCAACUGGCUAGGCGUCAAAGCGGAAGACAGUGGAGUCAAGUUUUCCGAUCUUCGUCCGUUUCCACCAUUUUCAAGAUGAAAAGGGGGAAAAUAUCUGGUUCACGUGAAGAGGACGGCGACAGCUCGAGACCGCAAAUAGAAUCUGUCAAUCGCCGGACCAGCAGUGUAACCGUGCACUCGAGUGGGCCAUCCGCACCUGCGGCGGACCCUGCACCCUCACUGCGACGACAGCUGAUGUCCCCAUAUUGCAUUCUAAUGGUUGUUCACACCGUUAUCCAGUCCAUCUUGUACCCCUUCCUUAGCACCAGCGCCGAAAAUCUCUACGGCAAAGAUGUAAACAACUUCCUCGGCAUUUGCCUGCCGUUCGGCUGCGUUGCAUGCAUAAUUUACGGGAAGCUCACGGACAUGUACGGCAUCACAAAAGUUUUGAUCGGGCUCAAUACUAUCAUUACUGUAGUUUUUGUGCUGACGUUGAUUCAUACAGUGGCAACGUCCUACAUCGCAGCUGUUCUAAUUAUUGUAUACGUAGGGUUUUACUCGUCGCAGGUGUAUUGUUUUGUGAGUGACACUUUUGCAGCGGCACAGUUUGGGCGUAUCGUUGGCACAAUCUUCAUCGUGGGGGGAUUCUCCUCACUGCUCAAAAUUCCGCUUCAGUCUAUGGUCGUUGAAGUUUUCCAUUCUGUAUACACGUGGCCGGUCAUCAUGAUGAUCGGGCUCUGCUGCUUCAACUACGGUAUUCUAGGAGUGCUUCUCUAUUUCAAGAGGAAGAACCCUCAUCCUUUCUGGCCAGCCGAUGCUGCUGCGGCUGUCGAUGAGAGAGUAGAAAAAACCUCUAGCGGAAAGCAGGGCGGAAGAAGCGGAGAGCUUGUAAUCAAAGCAGGGAGCGAAACUGAAUUGGGGGUGCCGACAACUGUGACGCCCUCGUCCGAUCUUGGUGGGCGUGCUGAGCCCGAUGCUGAAGACGUUUGCGUUGCGAUAGAUAGAUCAUGACGGCGAUGUUGAAGGCCCAGAACGGAAGGCAGGUGCAGUUGAAUAUAGAAAGGAGCAUUGCUAGAGAACGCUUGUAAAUUGUGUUUGCGCGUUCAUGGGCUGUCCUCGGCGGCCGAAUGUUGAAGGGGGGAAGUGGAGCGACGGACAUGGACGCGCUUGCCUUCCAGCGCCGCGUGUGCUGCAUUGUUGACUAGGUGUAAUUCGUUAUAUUGUCGUUUUUGUUUACUCUGCUGGAAUAACGUGGCGCGUGCGUUACGUUCUGGGUCGGUCGAGUUCUGGACAUAAAGUAAUCUGGAAAUGGAUUUUGCACGUCAAACGUUGGUGGCUAUCGGUGACGUCUGAUACAGUCAAGUGACACACUGGCCUUCUACUUAGUAGUUGCCGAAUAUGCGGUCCUGAAGAGUUUCUGUAAGGAAUGUGAAGGAAAGUGUCCUCAGUGGUUUGUUGUUUCUGCACGGAGGACCCGAAUUGGGUUCGACAAUGGGUGGCUCAGGUGGGCAUCUGCUGCGAGUGCUCAUCCAAGGGGGUCCCAUCCAGUUUCUGGACCCCAGGUCGGCAACUUCAUGUGGCAUUCCUAUUUUUUAUGUACGUGCUUGGGGACGACCAAGAAACUCAGUAUAGCUUCUACCGGUUGCGCAAUGUUGAUCCCACGGCGACAAGGAGAGACAGAUUCGUAAUUCGUGGAACAUUGGCUGGCCGUGUGGAAGUCUAAAAGUGGAGAGAUGCGCAAACUAAAUGGUGAUGGGAACUCGAAUUGUUCUUUUGACGCUGACUGGAUGUGCUAGUCAUUCUUAAUAGUGCCGCCAUGGUAGGGACGUAUGCCAUCCUGGGGAGGCGAUGUGGUUCCUUGUGCGAAGGCUCAUUGGCGUCGUCUAGUGUCUAGUUUGCAGUCCGCCAUGUCUGUUGUCUUCAUUGGAGAAGGGUUUGAGACUUCCGUGAUCUGCGGCUGUCAAUCGAAAACGGGUUAACUGGGAAUGGCCUUGGUAUGGUGUAAUCGGAUGCAGGGGUCAAGACUUCGAUUAGCUUCUUUUUUAGGCGUGGCAGAGAAAUAAUGGAAGAGUGGAGGUUUACCGAGAUGCUGCUGCUGAGCUCGUUCGCAGGACACUGUGGACGUAUUCGAGGAAAAUCUGGUUGUCUAACAUUGUGUGACUCCGCGCGUCUGCAGUUGAGCGAACGCUCGUGUCACCGGAGUUCCUUUUCGCAGAAGCAGUGCUGAUCCAAGCGUCGGUUCGUUUCUGUAUCUGGCCGGUAUGGUUCAGGGAAUGCCCUGUCACGGGUGAGGCAGAAUGGAUUGUCCUCCUCGUGACGCGUGCUGGCGCAUGUGUCGCGCGACUGAAGAAUGGUGAAGCAUCUGCCGACUGUGGUGGGUCGGGUCUGCCGGGCGCGAGUGUGAGCUGAAAGGAGAUCUUGUUAGAGCAACAUUACCCUGUCGAUUUGGAUGAACCAGGCUUCAGAACAAGAAAAUCGUCAUUUGGACAGGAAGGAAUAAAUGCGGUGGUUCGUAUGGUGUUUAAUCGCUGUUGGCCUAGUCGUUUCGUCUUUUUUUGUAGUGGAUUUGCUGCUUAUUUAGGUGAGAAUUACCGCUGUUUUAUGUGCGAAUGACAAUAAUUCUAGCGUUCCUGGGCUGUUCAAAAGUCCACGCGUGGGCGAAGCGCUCUGCUGUGUGCAUGUUGGUGGGGUCAGAGGAUGGGCAGCAUCCAGCAGCUAUUGCCGUAAUGAUGCUUCAUAUGAAAACGUCAUUGUUGCAUACGAUUGGUUUUAAGAGGUGCAUCUGCUCAGUAUCUUUUUCAGGAGGCCUCUAGGGACUGGUUAAGGGUAACUGCUGCGUUAAUCUUCUUACACUCACCAAGCUUGUGGCGCGCUGGUAGAUAAGAAGACAAAUUCGUCUUCAUGGAUGCAUUCGUUCACCCAGCAAAGUGCACAGAAAAUGGGGUGAAAUACUCGGGAAUGGCUUUUUUCCUGACUACGAGAGUCGGAAGGAGUUUCUUUUCAGUAGCGUUUGACAAAUCCCGGGUUUAUAUAUAGAAUGUGUCGAGGUAGCCGGCAGUGGGAUCUUUGAUGCUUUCAGGACCAGUUCUGUUACUCACGCGACAUUGGGGGAACACCAAGUGUUCAUGUGUUACAAGAAUCAAAAUGUAUAGAACCUAUCUCAGUCACACACAUUCUUUUUCAAUUGGUGCUACGAGUGCUAAAAAUGGGCGUGAUGGUCACCAAAGACACUGGCAAUGCUGUCUCCGUGUUGUUGCCGUUAGUCCCUUAAGUAUGGGGGCAAAAGGCCAUUUUAGUAAGGUCAGUGUACAGUAGUUCAACUCGCCAGCAUUUUUUUAGGGCCGCAAGGAGACAUUCGGGAUACCUCUGGUAGUAUCAACGUUUAUCAGGGUGUUUGCGUAAUGGUAGGCUUCAUUUUCGUAGCGAGAAACCGAAUUAGGCGUGGUAGCAUCCAGAACAUUCGAAAAGAGUGAGUGGUGUGUGGUCCAACUGCUGUAGAGUCAGCCUUUAGCAGCUACUAGUCUUCAUAUACACGUGAAGGUCGCACCAUUAAGAUGUAGCGUUCCUUUCUGUAUAGCGUGGUGUAUCUACGAAUGGAUGUGUUGUGAACACCGAAUAUAGAGCAGACGCCAUGGAUCUCAUCAUACCGUGAAGAAUAACUGUGGAAUUCUAUGUAUCAUACCAACACGCUAAAGAGUUCAGUUAUUCAUUUCAGCAGAAGCAAAUACAUUUUAUGGUGCCACGAAAGAGGAGAGCCCACAGGAAAGGCUGACAACGUUGUCCGCUGUUCUGCGAGUUGCAUACGCACCAUCCCGACUGGGACGCACUGAAGAGGUGACCUUGCUUGUAAGAUGGGUUCAGCAUUUCGUUCUCCUUUACUUUUCAGUGCAUAAUGUCAGGAGGCUGUGCUCAAGACGAGAAUUCGUCUCAUAAUUCCACGGAGAAAAAUGGACUGUUUCUUGGAACAGUUUACGGAAAGCUUCUGUAUUCCUGAAUUUCAGCGUGUGAAGUGGACCCACACCGAGAAGCACGGAAGCAAGUUUUUCUCCCUUAUGCCAACAAACAAAGAGCACUCAAUACCAUGUAACGAGCAUGUUGGACACGCUCGCUGAAUAAUCAUGCUCUCCCGUCGCAACUAGUUGCCGUUAGCGCAAGCGCAUCAGCGCUGCAAAGUUAACUUUGUUCGUUCCAAAGGUAACGGUGGAUGGAGAAGUGGUUCGUAUUUCUUCUGCAACAGCUGCCAUGAUGUUUCCGUGGCACGUUUGUGGCUUCCAGUUACUAGGUCUGGUGUGCGUGAUGAACCGGUGCGCUGUAUGUUGUGGUACAGUCCUGCAGUGUGACAAAGGCGUCUCCGAAAGCCUCUUGUUUCCUGAAUGAAGACUGUACUGCAAAAGAGUUCAACGAACGAAUAUUAUGAAUAGGUGCAGGAUCUUGAGAAUGAUCAAUAACAUCAACGAGUAAGAAAAUUCGAAUGGCUCGUAGUCCGUCAACUAAUGUGUGCAUGCUAAUGGUUUCGUCCGCUGAGUUACUGGU